GUGGGAGGAGGGAGUGACCAGACAAGGAGGAGACAGAGACUCAGGAGGGCGCAAGGAAGCCUCUUAGCUGAGGCUGGGGCAAGGCGAGGAGAGGGCGGAGGGACGUCUGCAGGGGCAGGCACCCUCCAGAUCCGGAGGCAGCUUCUCCUGCUUGCCGGGAAGGGCUCUGGACACCCUCAGCCCCUUCUCGCCUGCCCCCUGAGGCUCGGGCCAGAAGCCCAGGGCGGCCGCCGCGGUCGGGGCCGCAGCCACGGAGCUGGUACCCGCGGGAGCCCCUGCCCCGUCUUCUCUCCGCCGCCCAGCAUGGAGGAGGCCGGCGACUUUGACACCUACUACGGGGCGGACAACCAGUCUGAGUGCGAGUACACGGACUGGAAGUCCUCGGGGGCCCUCAUCCCCGCCAUCUACAUGCUGGUCUUCCUCCUGGGCACCACGGGCAACGGCCUGGUGCUCUGGACCGUGUUCCGCAGCAGCCGCGAGAAGAGGCGCUCGGCCGACGUCUUCAUCGCCAGCCUGGCAGUGGCCGACCUGACUUUCGUGGUGACCCUGCCGCUGUGGGCCACCUACACGUACCGGGACUACGACUGGCCCUUCGGCACCUUUGCUUGCAAGCUCAGCAGCUAUCUCGUCUUCGUCAACAUGUACGCCAGCGUCUUCUGCCUCACCGGGCUCAGCUUCGACCGCUACCUGGCCAUCGUGAGGCCGGUGGCCAACGCUCGGCUGAGGCUGCGGGUCAGCGGCGCCGCGGCCACGGCCGUCCUGUGGGUGCUGGCCGCCCUCCUGGCCGCGCCGGUCAUGGUGUUCCGCGCCACCGGGGACCUGGAGAACACCACCAGGGUGCAGUGCUACAUGGACUACUCCGUGGUGGCCGCCUCCGGCUCCGAGUGGGCCUGGGAGGUGGGCCUGGGGGUCUCGUCCACCGCCGUGGGCUUCGUGGUGCCCUUCACCGUCAUGCUGACCUGCUACUUCUUCAUCGCCCAGACCAUCGCCGGCCACUUCCGCAAGGAGCGCGUCGAGGGCCUGCGGAAGCGGCGCCGGCUGCUCGGCAUCAUCGUGGUGCUGGUGGUGACCUUCGCCCUCUGCUGGGUGCCCUACCACCUGGUGAAGACGCUCUACACGCUGGGCGGCCUGCUGCGCUGGCCCUGCGACUUCGACCUCUUCCUCAUGAACGUCUUCCCCUACUGCACCUGCGUCAGCUACGUCAACAGCUGCCUCAACCCCUUUCUCUACGCCUUCUUCGACCCCCGCUUCCGCCAGGCCUGCGCCUCGGUGCUCUGCUGGGGCCAGGGCCGGUGCGGGGCUGCGGCCCACAGCGGCAGCGGGGAGAAGUCCGCCAGCUACUCCUCCGGGCACAGCCAGGGGCCCGGCCCCAACGCGGGGAAGGGCGGGGAGCAGAUGCUCGAGAAGUCCAUCCCCUACAGCCAAGAGACCCUGGUGGUGGACUAGGGCUGGGGUCGGAGGGGAGCCCGGUGCCCUCCGCCUGCCCCGGCCUCUGCCCCCUGCUCUCUGAAAGUCAGGUAGCAUGGUAGCACCUUCUCCCUUGCACUUGGCCCCCUUCCCUGCCGCCCGCCUCCCUGCCCGCUCCUGGCGUCCUUCCUCCUCCAGUCUUGUUCAGAUGUGUGUAGUUUAGUGGAAGGAGACUGAGCCCUGCAGACCCCUGCUCAGCCGCUCGGUGUCGGUGAGAUGGACCUUGCACCAGUCUCUUGACCUCUCUGAGCCUCGGUUUCCCCAUUUGUAUAAAAUGGGGGACGUCACGCUGGCUCAGCUGACGUGGGUUGCCCCCACCCCUUUUCAUGGCUCUCCAGCUUUUUCUUCUCCCUCCUUUUCCCCUAAUUUUCUCUCCCCGUGUCCUUGUCCCUGCUUCCUCUCUCUCUGCACUUUCCGUUCUGAAUCCUCUCCAGCCACCUCUCUCACAGCACACCCCCUCCCUCAAUCCCUCCUUCUUCCCCUUUUUACCUCCCGGGUCUGCAGGGCUCCUAAGGGUUAAGAAUCCUGGAGCUUGCACACAGGGCCCCUGCUGCAGCUCUGUCUGGUUCCCUGAGAGUGCAGGAGGGGGACAGAGCAGCAGGGACUGGGACUGGAGGGCUGGUGCCAGCCAAGAGUUAACUCCAGGCUCUGCAGCUGGGAGCUCCAGAACUUUCCCCCAAACUGGGUCAGUUCGCUGUGAUUUCGGGCACUAGGUUAUCCCAGAAGGGUGCCUCCCUUCCUGCGUCCCCUUCCCCAGUGCCAACAAGAUAUGCUUUUUACAGAUUUCCUCAGACCCUCUCGCUCAGUCUCUUCAUGGCAAUCGGAAGGCUACCAUAUUUGAUGAAGGGACGGCUCCUUGUUUCAUUAUAUGAGUGGGGGAGGGGUUGGGAGGGGAACAUGGAGGAAGAAGGGAGUCUGUAUUUAGUCUAUAUGCUGCUUGGCUUCCCUCUCUGAUUCCUCACCCCUCCAGCCUCCUCCAGAGCUGUGAGCUGCAGGUCUUAUCCCCGUCUCCCCCCUACACCCUGUCAUCCCCAGACAGGAGGCUUUUUUCUUGAGCACUGGUGCUUCUUGGUGCCAAGAGUUGUGUGUGUGUGUGUGCGUGUGUGUGUGUGUACAUAGAUGAAGUCAUUUGUCACUUGGGUGAACUACCCCCUACUCUCUACCACACCUCCACUCUUCACACAAUAUCCUUGGGGGAAGAGGGACAUAUUGAAGCAAUAUAGAGUAAAAAUGAGUCCACCCCCCCACUGGAUUUGGGGGCUCUGACGGCUGGUCCGUGCUUUAAGAGAGAAGUCUAUGUUACUGCUGGGGCCCCUCUGGGGAGAUCUGUCCCCAGGACAGUGGCGCCCAAGACCUGGGGAAACCCGAUGUGGUGGGUCCCAUUCUUCCUAGUUCCACGAGGGAAGCAGGAGGUGGUAAAGAGCUUCCCGUGGCCCCCUUUCCACACCUUCCCACCCUGCCUCGAGUUUAGCCUUUUCCCAGGUCUGUGGCCCUCUCUCUAAGGAGGCUGCUUUCUUGCCUGGGGUGAAAAGAACUGGGUGGGUUUUUUUCUCAUCUCACCAUCUGGACAGGAGCCCCUCGGCAGGGCUGAGGGCAUGACUUCAUGGCACCAGAGAGGCCUCAAGGACAAAAUUGAUGGUGGGGCCUUUGUGAGCUAGGGGCAAGGGUGUGUAUAUUCCAGGUUUUGUUCUCAGAGGACUCCGGAUGGGAUGUGAAGGACGAGAUUUGCACCACGGAGGCAGGAAGAGCCCAGCUUGGUGUAAAUGGAGAGCUUGACCAUCCCUGGGAUGGCGCCAGCCCUGGGAGCAGAGGAAGGAGGAGAGAGGAAGAGACUCCUCUCAGCUCAGUCUCCCUCUCACAGGAUAGAAUCUUCCCUUCUCAGCCCAGCACUGUCCUCAAAGCAUGCUGUCAAGGCUGGAGGAAGCUUCUAGAAGGGAAGCUUCCGAGACUCUCCUCGGUGACCCCAGAGACCUCUUUCCUGGAACUCAUCGGUGGCCCCGGACAGAGGGUGGAGGCUACCCCAUCCCCUUCCAGCCCCUUCCUCUUCAUAACGUCUCUGCUACUUUCUGACUUUGUUAGUCACUGAGGUUCAUUAAAUAAAUCUGUUUUGUGUAA